UGUCUGUACCGAUUCAUUGUCAUUCAUUUCUCCCUCUUGCCCCUUGAGUCUCCACAGGACGCGUCCCUCUAGCAACAGGCUAUGUGAGGUUGCCAUCUAUCCGCAUUGAUAUGGAGACCGAUAUCUACCCUCCCAAGCCCCGCUUAUCCCACCUCAAGCGCAGCGCACGGGCCCUGCUCCAUGACAAAACGGCUCCCAGAUCUUGUCCCACACAGUCGAGCACGACUUGGGGCCUACACAGUACUCAACUUCACCUCACGCCCAUCUCACCUGGACCUGCCCCUUAUUGCCUUCCUCCCGCAGGGGCCGUCGUAGGUCAUCAUCGGCCGCGCUCACUUUCCUACCUGUUCCUCACGUCCCGGCCGUCACUUCACCCCAACCCCAGGACUGCACCUCCUCCCCACAUCAACAGGGCUUGCUUGCCCUGUCCCAAUGGUUCUCUGUGUGUGUCGCUGACACCAUGAGUCGACCCGAUCCUGCAGGGGUCCGCCGCAACCCUCGCCGGUUGACCACGCGGCCACCCAGUCGCCCGAGAAACCCGACCGGCCGUGUAACGCGGAGCGCCACGAGGCUGCCCUCUCCAUCAAGCGGCUCCAGUGAACUCGACCAUGAUUCAUCAGACACCGACGCACCUGCCCCUCGGCCCAGUCGUCCUCCGGGGGCCCAGACCCGCCAGUCCGCACGUCUGCAGACCAUCGCUCACCAAUCCUCCGGGACACGCGGCCCCCAGCCCACCCGGGCCCACGCCCCGGCAAGCUCCCGCCCGCGCCGCCCUCGGUCCAACCCGCCGUCACGGACGCCUCCCCGGCCUGCAAGGAUCACGGACCCUCGGUCCAGGGCAUCCGGCUCCAGAAAGAAACACGCCGUUUCCCCUUCUGCCACCAGCCUGCCGGAGUGGCCCUCCUCCACGGUGCGUCCGCCCUGGCAGCACCUGGAGUGGACCCUCCUCGUCCAGAUAUUCGAGUAUGCUUCUUCAUCACUGGAAUUCAAAGAGGGCGCUCGCUGGCUUCUCUCAGCCGGCCUCACUUGCAAGCUCUUCCUGGACCCUGCCCUCAAGGCCUUGUACAGGCGCCCCAUGCCCAUCCUGUCCAUGAACAUGGCCACCAAGUUUGCCGCGCUUAUGCACAACCUCUCUGUGAAUCAAGCCGCCGCCAGAGAACGCAACGAUCACAGGCGCACCAUGGUGGAGUCUCUCGUGGUCAGCGUCACCUCUCUUUCCGCAUCCCGGCCCUUCGACCUGGCCGAGCUGGUCCUGGUCCUGCCUGGCCUGUCUCACCUGGAGCUCUAUCACGAGUUUGAUUUGCCGCCUUAUCGGCAGCUCGACCUCAAAACUAGGAGGUGGACGUAUUCCCAGGCCCUGGUCCAUGCGCUGAAGUCGGCCGGUGAAUCGGACGCUCGCAUGAGGCUCAAGUCGUGGAGGUGGAGCGAGAGGAUGAUGGACCGCGACGUGGUCUCCCCCAAGCAGAUGAGGGCCAUCCACCAGUGGUCGACCUUCUCGCAGCUGCGCGACAUCACUCUGGUCAACUUUCAGGUCCCGUCCUUGAAGGAGAACAAGGACCCCAACGACCCCGAGGUGUUUGAGGCCGACAAGAACUUCAUCAGCUGCAUCUCCGAAUCCCUGGAGCCCCUUGGGAGUCUGAAGCACUUGAAAAUGGAGUCGUCGACAGUCGUCGAUGGCCAGUUCCUCUCCCUGCUGCCCAAAACGAUUGAACAUCUCGAGAUCGUCAACUGCUGGGAACUGACGGCCGAGAUGCUGGUCGAGUACCUCCUGACGCAUGGUCGCAGUCUCCGCAGGCUGACGCUGCAUCACAACCAGUCCCUGAGCCUGGCCUUCUUACCAACCCUGGGCGUUUCCUGUCCGCAGCUGCGCGAACUCAGCAUGAACCUGACCUUUUACGCACACCACGAGUACUACAACGAUUCGGACCCCUUCUACGAAACGUUGCUCACCGUCACCGAUGUCCCAGUCUGGCCUGAUAGGAUCGAGAUUAUCGACUUGGAGCAGCUUGCCAAAUGGGAUGCGGCCACGGCGGAGAUGUUCUUCCAGAGCUUCGUUGACCAGGCGCCAAACAUGCCAAGACUGAGACACCUGGCCGUCAAGGCCAUGCUGGAUGUGCCGUGGCGCCAAAGGUGCGAAUUUCGUGACAGGUGGGUAAGUAGACUGAGGAAGGUUUUCCUGCGGAGGCAGACCAAGCCUCGACCGUAUCAUUCCUUGAUCCAAUGGCCGACGCUCAGGGGAGGGCCUGGCAUCCAAGAGGGGAACACAGACGUGGGAGGCGAGACGGACGACACACCCAUCCGGCGCAGCUCUCGCAUUGCCACUCACAUCGCCACCCCUGCCCCAGUUCCUCCGGAGAACACGGUGGACAACAAGCGCAGCAAGAGAAAGCGAAGUGCUGGCUCAGCGCGAGACCUCAGGAGGCCGAAGAGAGUCGCUAUCUCGUACAGGGACCCUGACACGGAUGAGGACCUUGACCUGCUCGAUCCUGAGGAGAGCGAGGAAGAGGAGGCCGAGGACCCCUCACUUCCAUCGAGUCCCCCGGAGUCACCGGCGUCCCCAGACGACGACUUGCCGUUCGUGCAUGGCCUGUGUGACGUGGUCAACAUUCGCUUCGAUAACCAGAAGCCGCGAGAAUUCCAACUUGGCAUGGAGGACUUCCUCGACGAGCAGGAACAUGAGUCGGAUGACGAAGAAUGGACGUCGGACCGCGACAGAGACGACGAUUCGGAUGUGUACGCUUGGUGAAGCUGCCCAUGGCGGAACAGCAAGGCCUCGUGGGCGAGCCGGAUUAGAGGGGCUCGGCGAGUGGACAAGGCGUUUGUUGACGGAUACCCUAGACAGAAAAGACGUGAAGUCACUGCAUCUUGCUAGACGUUGCUUUUGGUUUUGUUUUGGCAUGGCCCCUGGAACGGCGUUUGGGGAUUCUCCAAGAGGAAGGACUGGCUGGUAGGGUUGGAUUUGUUGGCGUUUUAAGCUCUGGACUCGCUCACGGUUGGAAUGUCUCGCGCGGCGCGCGCAUUGUUAGAUAGCUCCGAACCUGGAUUGCCCGUCCAGAUGGUGUAGAUAACCGUUCAGAAGGACAGCUGCGGAUGCGACGACGUCGUGUUGGGUGUCCAACUUCUUUCUACCUUGUGCUAAUUUUGGGUCCACCCAGCUCGCCCCCUUUCCUGCAUUUGUUGCUGCAUGCAUCUAUUAAACGUACAUGUAUGUAUGUGUAUCUCGGGUUUGAGGCAGCAGGUCAAAAGUUGUCCUGAAUGCGAACCUGCAGCAGUGGAUUUCCUCGGGUUGAUGCGAGAUUUCGGUCGGACUGCCAAUCAGUGUGCCGCUGUAAUGUGAACGCUUGGGUCCAGCCAGGUGCACCCUGCAGUGCAUUCAACCCGCUCUCGAGCUGAGCUGAGCUGUGCAGCGGCAGGUCAGGUUGGGCCUCGCUGCCUCCUCCAGGUGGCCAGGUAGGGGCCAGGUAGGUAGCUGUCCUCCCGCACAUUGUACCGGCAUCCUGCCUGCCUGCAAC